AUGAGACCUACACAAUUCCUCUCCGUCGGCCGCUACCGCCAUCUGAAGCUCACCACCAAGGAUGUCGCCAAAGGCUACUACAAGGGUAACCGCACUGGAUCAAUGGGUCGGCAUACCAAGUACGGAGGCUAUGUGAUCGAGUGGAACAAAGUCCGGACAUAUGCUGUGCCGCAGAACCUGAAAGAUUUCAAGCUUACUCCCUUCGUGAGCCGGGAAAUCAAGGCACAGAAGGGUGACUACCAGGGCCUCGAGAAGGGCCCUCAAGACCCCCAAUUCUACGUCGAACAGUGGAAGCGAUACAAUGGCGUGGACUAA